AUGUUUAAAGUUAAAGUGUUAAUUGCCAAAAUGUUGCACCGCUAUCGCAAGUGCAGCAACAACACCUACAAGUGCCCAGCCAGCUAUGAGGAGAUUGCCCAAAACCAGGCCAACGAGCGAAUGAUGCAGGCAGCUGCCCAGCAAUUGGUGUUUUGUUUGGAAACCGCAGCGGGCAGCUUUUAUUGGCAUGCAAAUGCCGCCACACAGUAGCAACAUCAGCAACGU